CACGCCGACGGCAUGGGUAAUGAGUUUGCCCAGCGAUACAGGAUCAAGUACAGCCGCGACGGCAGCAACUGGGUGGGCUGGCAUGAUAGGAAGGGAAGGCCGGUCAUUGAGGGGAACAGGAAUGCAUAUGAUGUGGUGCUGAAGGAUCUGGAGCCUCCCAUCAUCGCUCGAUUCGUCCGCUUUAUGCCUGUGACGGACCACUCCAUGAUCGUGUGCAUGAGAGUGGAGCUCUACGGCUGUGAAUGGCUGG